AUGGAACAGCGCUCUGAGAGCCAAGCACUGAAGAGAAGCCAGGAGGGACCUUUCUAUUCGAUCUUGGAAACUGAGAGACUUUGUACUGCCUGGUUAGAGCAAGCUUCUGGCCAUUAUUCCAUUUAUCCAGAGGCAGAAGGGACCCUCUUGCCUGUCACUAGAACACAGUUGCCAGUUUCAGCAAGAGCCUAUAUUGUAUUGCCUAAGGAAACAGUGUUUCCUCUUACAAGGUACAAUCUUGGCUCCUCUGCCACGAGGGGGGGUGUUCUUGAAAAUGUGCUCCAGAGACCUUCCUAUUUAACCAGGAUGCAAAUUGCAUUGCUACCUAAUUCCCCCUGCUGAGGCCCUAUGAAAGGAAGAAGUUGGGACAGAUACAGCAAGAUAUUAGGGCAGAUUUUCCCCCAUUCUUCCUGCUCUACUACACAGAAGUGAACUCGAUUUCAACAAGAUGACCCAAUUCUUAGCAUGCUUUUCUACCCACUUUUACCCACAACGCUUCCAAAUCACUGUCUGAUUCACAUUGUGCAGAGAAACCAAAUGGAAAAGAAAAGAUAAACUGGCCACUAAAAAGUAAAAUGGCAUUUAAUUAAAACUAAGCUUCCAAGUUAAUGAGGGGGGGGGGGAGUGGGAAAUGGUAUUUUGUUAAAAAAAAAACAAACACACACACACAAAACAAAACAAAAGCUCUGUGAUUAAACCUCAGGACAGCAUAGCACAUCACUACCCUUUUGUGGUUUCGAGCGUCUUUUAUUUGUGCACUGGAGGCAGAUAUUUGUCAUGUUGUUAAUAAUUGCUCUGCUAAAUUGUACCCAACAGUGUACAUCACUGUAACCUUGUUUAUUCGCAGACCUUUCAUUUUCUUCCUGUACUUUCCUUAAGCUUGUUUCUGACGGGUGAUGCCUUCACAGGCGUUUUCAAUUUUAAAGAACACAAUCCGUUCAUUUCACUAGGCAUCUUUAUUUGCUUAAAGUGGGGGAGGAAUCAGAUCGCAAUUAUGUUGUAAAUAAGUCCAUCCGCUUCCUCCCCUUUGCAGGAAAAGCUGGGGGUGACAGCAAAGAGAGCCCAAAGAAAUAGAAAUUCUACUAGGUUUUCAUGAACUCAGGCCUUAGAGCAAAUAGAACUAAAUCUGUGGAGUUGGUGGAGGGAAGUGACAAAAAUGCAAAGGGGGUUUUGUUAGAGCUUUUACUCUAAGGCAUUCCAGUGUUUCCCUUCUCUUCCUUCCACUACCCUGACCCCACUCCAGCCCCAUGGUCAGAAUCGAGGGCGAGGGCACGGGGCGCUUCCGAAGCCAGAAGGAGAACAAGAAUGAGGCUCUGGGUUAAUCUUUCCGGGUCAUCGUGAGAGGUGGAAGCAGAAAGGUAGCCUAGAGGGCCUCGUUUUUUGACCUCUCUAAAGCUGCCAUCAGAGAAACUCCGAAAGAACUUUCUGAUUUUUAAAAUACUGAAUCCUAAAAAAAAUUUUUUUAAUUAAAUCAGAUACUUAAUCUUGUUGCGAAUCUUUUGAGGUGGGAAAAUCUGAUGAGAAAUAAACGUUCGCUAUAUUCCUAUGCACUGGGUAGGCUCCUGGAAACAUUGGAGGGAUUGUUCGCCAGAAAGCCUUGGCAGUUUUCAAAGCUGGCUGGCCAAGUCAUGAGAGACGAGGAGAAGUGGUUUGUGUAGUAUUGAGUCCAGCAUUGUGUGCAAAACACAGGUUUCGAUGUAAAGAAAUCUGUUGCACAAAAACCUUGGAGAACCUAAUCCUCCCUUGUCUUUACAAGUACUCUCUCCUUCUUCUUCAAAAAAAAUCUUUUUUAGAAAAUCUGAAAAAAAUAUAAGAGAAUCAACGUGGUCCUAAAGGAAGCGUAUCUCUUUGUUUUAAUUUUCUUUUCUUUUUGCUUUUACAUUUAAGAGUUAAGACAACAUUUCAGCAGAGAAAUGUGGAGAAGGGUAAAGGGAAAUCAAUAAAGUUAUUCUGUGACUUUUCCCAGGAGGCGGCUGUGUUAAUCGAGAAAGGCCUGCUUGGCUAUAUAUCGAGUCCGAGGAGAGAGCAGGAGUUGAUUUUGAAACAGAUUUUCCCAGCUAGACUGAAGGAGAUAUAUAUAUAUAAUAUACACAUAUGUACAUACAUACAUGUGUGAUGUUUACAAGAAUGGUAUGUAUCUGCAUUACGCUAUUCUAUACAUUCUAACAUAUAUGAAAAGUAGAUUUAAAAUUUAAUUUAAAAAGUAGAUAAAAAUAAUUGCUUUCGAUAAUUAGUGAUACCGAUAUCAACAAUUCCUCUAACCGUAGUUUCUGCAUGGUGAUCUAGGAUCGUUUUACACUUUAUGAGUUUCUCUCGUAAGUUCUUCGACUCCCAAAGAAGGAGCGCCUAAGGUGACAAACGGAAGGGAUGGAAACCGGAUAGAUUUCCUGACGCAAGGCCGGUGGAAGUGUCAUUGACCGUAGGGAAACUUCUAAAGAGUCUCUCUGGGUUAUUCAUGUGGUCACUUUCUCUAGUGAUCAGUGCUAUCGCAGGCGUGAUUUCAGCAGAGUUUUUGAAAGCCAAGUUGGUCAGGACACUACCCAGUUACGCUGGGUCACAGCACCACAUUCUCGAGGUCACUGGAAGCAGUGGUGGGUUCUUUCUGAACGGAUUUGGGCAACAUAAUUGGGUGGGAGGCAGGAUACCUGAGUGUCAGGCCUGACUUCAUCUUCACAGUGAUCUUGAGUGAAUUACCUCUCCUUUCUGGAUGUCAGUUUCCCUUUGUAUGAAAUGGGAUGGAUAAUUCUUGCAUCUUCUGGACAACUUCCUUAUUGCCUAAGAAUCUUGUCAAAACUUCUUUGAUCCAGGCAAUGCUCAGGAGAUUUGGGAGACCGUUAAAUGGGGAUCUCCUUUUCAUGACCCGAUCUGCUGUGAUUAAUUCCUCCAUUUUGAGACUCUGCACGUUUUUCUUCUUUCAUUUUGGAUGUCUGGAUCCUAUAUUGUUUUUAACAUCAGCUAAGAUGCUCUAUUUAUUUUCGAAAGACAAAUUCCGUCUGUAUCAUAACUGUUAAGAAAAUAGUUUUGUAAGAAAAUGGAAUCUAGACAGAGAGAGGGACUGUGCAGUUCUAGAAUUUUCCUGGAGGGGAUUUAAAAGUUCAUCUAGUCUCAUCCUCUCAUUUUAUAUUCAAGGAGGAAGCUAAUGAUCCGAGAGGAAAAAUGUCUUGUCCAAGGUUGCUAUGACAACAUUUUUUUAAACUUUUUAAAAAAAUUAAUUAUUUUUUAAUUUGCAUCUAAAUUGGUUAGCAUAUAGUGAAACAAUGAUUUCAGGAGUAGAUUCCUUAGUGCCCCUUACCCAUUUGGCCCACCCCCCCUCCCACAACCCCUCCAGCAACCCUCAGUUUGUUCUCCAUAUUUAUGAGUCUCUUCUGUUUUGUCCCCCUCCCUGUUUUCAUAUUAUUUUUGUUUCCCUUCCCUUAUGUUCCUCUGUUUUGUCUCUUAAAGUCCUCAUAUGAGUGAAGUCAUAUGAUAUUUGUCUUUCUCUGACUGACUAAUUUCUCUUAGCGUAAUACCCUCCAGUUCCAUCCACGUAGUUGCAAAUGGCAAGAUUUCAUUCUUUUGGAUUGCCGAGUAAUACUCCAUUGUAUAAACAUACCACAUCUUUACCCGUUCAUCCAUGCUGUGACAGAAUUAAGCGGAGAACCCACGUCUCUUUAACUUUCAGUUCUAUAUUUUUUCCAUUGGUUCAUGUGCCUUGAGACCACUAUAAUUGGAAACAGUACCUGAAGUUCAAGUAAGCAGACCGGACCAAGAUUUGUCAACCUUUGGCUUUCCCCAGGGCCAUAUUCUAAUUCUCUGUGCAUAACCUGACCAACAUGGCGUUAGCAUCCUCAUGGAGGAUGGAUUCAUGGUUGCCAGAGCCUCUUCUUUGUCCCCUCCUGUCCCAUAAGACCCAGCCUAGACUCUGGAUCUAAUUGAACUCCUACUUUUCCAAGCUUACUUUGGGCAUGGUUGCAUCUGCACUUUAUCUGACAGCUCUUAAAUUUUAUCUUUAAGUUGACUUUACAUAUUUUUUUAAAUUUUUAUGUUUAUUUAUUUUUGAGAGAGAGGGAGAAACAGAGCAUGAGCGGGGGAGGGUCAGAGAGAGAGGGAGACACAGAAUCCGAAGCAGGAUCCAGGCCCCGGGCUGAACUGUCAGCACAGAGCCCCAGGCAGGGCUCAAACCCACAGACCGGGAGAUCGUGACCUGAGCCGAAGUCGAAUGCUUAAUCUACGGAGCCACUCUUGUGCCCCAACUUUACACAUUUUUUAUUCGACAUUUACUGAGAGUUUACUGUGUGCCAGUCCUGGGCAGUGGGCCGGAGAUACAGAGCUGGAUCCCACAGUCUCUUUAAGUACAAUCACGGUGUAAUAUGUCCUGCAUGAGAUAUGCUCAUAUGAGAUGUGCUGUGUGGCGGCAGGAAGCGAUGAAGAAGGAGAGACUGGGAUCAUCUGAAGAAGUCCAAGAAGAUGGAGAUCUGGGAUAAUUGCCUUUACUCUCUCCUCUCCUUCUUUAUCAGAGCCAAGAAGUUAAUUUUAGACAAUAGUAUUUUCCAGAGCCAUCUCGGCCUUGUGUUCAGCAAAAGAGAAGUAGCAUGUAGGAUUUUUCUUUUACUUCCUGUCUUAGAUAUUCUCACCUUCCUCCAUAAAUUCUCUGAACGAAGCAGGUUUCCUGAUACUUCAGUCAAUUCCUCCUGUGCUACAGAAAGCAAGUCCUCUGGGCCCAGAGAUGCACACAUAUGUAGAUUCGUUGGGGGGAGAAGAUGUUAUUCACCAAUCGUUUCCUCUCCAACUUUAAUUUUUAAAUCAGUUUUCUUGAUUUGCUUUGCUUUUAAAAAGACCUUGACAGGUUGACACCUAGGUGUUUACUAGAAACACCCAAUAGCUCUGUUAACGUUUUAUAACAGAGCCCUAGCCGGAUUUUGUUUGUUUUAUUUUCAAAGUGCGUCUCCUCCUUCCUUACCUUAGAGUUGUUCUCAUUUUCCCAUCAAUUUGAAGACAUGGAUUUUGAGUAAUUGAGCACAUGGCAGGAGAGGAAAAUCAUCAGUUGAAGAUUGCUUGCCUGUGCGUAAUCCGUUGAUUGGUCUGUGUGCAUAACACUGUGACCCUAGAUCAUAUUAAAUUCCCAGAAGAGGACAGACAGAACAAUAAUUUGUAAAGCACCCAUCAUGCGGCAGGCACAACGCUAACCAUAGUAAAAUCAUAAUCAGCACACUUCACGCAGGAGGUAUUAAGUAUCUUAGCUCUUAGCAGAGCUAAGAGACCCACGGGCCCAUAAACCGAGCAAUUUUCCAGACUUGCGGUAGGUCGUCAUAAUAUCACGGCGAAUCUUUGAAGACUUAAGAAUGCCAGAAAGUUCACUUAACCUCCCUUCAUUUGGGAGUGCAGGUUGGUUGCAAACUCCAGUUGGUUUACCCUGUCUGGAUUGGAGAGUGUGCAGUCCAACAUUCCUGAAGGGCAAAGCAUCGGACCCCGGAAGGCUAGCGUGGCUCCCUGUGACAGAGUUCCCUGUGGUCUUCCUGUCAUUGCUGUUUGCAGCAUGGAGAGACUCUUUGAUGAGUGUUGAGUGCGCCACAUUUAAAAUCUCUGAGUUAGCAGUUUCCACCUUGGGAAUAUUCCUGGGUUUCUCCCCCAGAGUGCUCCCCGUGCAUCUAUCUCCGUUUGAAUCUUAGCAGGAAGUCUGGGGCUGCCACGGCACCUCGGUCCCCGAAAUGUGUCUCAAACAGUGUUUCUGUGUUCUUUUAUUAAUUCUGCACACUCAGUGCUUUUGAAACUCAUCUAUUUCACAAAUACUCAAGUAAAUGUAAUCGUAUCUUUUUGAAGCUCUUCCUUACUGUGCUGUCAUUACUAAAUAAUGGGGGAAACCAGGCGGCAUAGGGUAUGAUUAUUAGUAACAAUACUUUGGAUUUGCACAAACUCACUCUCAAUGAACCCUAGGCAGUUCCUACACAUUAGCUCAUUUUUCCUCACCACAGCUGGGCCGGGAGACCUAGAUUCUAUUCUUGGUGCUUCAACAACCUUCUUGGGAAAAGUAUUUAGCCACUAAUUGCCUCAGUUCCCAACUAUGAAAAGGGAAUAAUGAUAUUAGGAUAUUUGCCUCUCCCUGUCUUUAUCCUAGACCUUUAGAACCUAACUAGUAAAAAAAAAAAAAAAUGUUUUUAAUCUGAAGAGCCUAAAAAGUCUAAAAGAGAAGGAGUGUGGCUUGACUUUAUUUCCAUUAAUGAAAAGGUGAGAUACAGUCUUAGGAGUUUGACUGGAAACCUUGAAAUCUGAAUUGUAAUCCGGUAUCUGCUUCCUGAUAGACCAUUGCCUUGGAUACCUCUCUCCUUUAUAUUGGAAAGCACUUAGCAAUCCAGCAAUGGUGAAUACUAUAAAAGGGGACUGAUCUUCUAAGGAGCAUUAAUUUGGUCAGCAAAGAUGUCUCUAUGAACCAUGGCAUCAAUAAGACUGAAUUUAAGAUGAGAACACUCUUGGCUUCUAAAGCCUUCCCCUCCCCCCACCCCUCUCCUUUUCCUCACAACCUCCUGGCUGUGUAGCUGUUUCAAAUAUAUAGACAAAUAACUCCAGCCCAAGUCCCUGGCCUAUAUCUUUGGUCUCCUAUCAUCUCUAGACUCUUGGCCUGGCAAUCUCCAUCUUCAAAAGUUCCAGGGGCAGAAAUAAGCCUUUUUGCUUGCCAGCCUAAACCUAAUGACUGAAUGGCAGGGAACCUAGACCAAAAUAGAACUUGGCUCUUAGAUGAUAUGCGUCAGCCAAGAAUAAUGCUUCUUUUUUAACGUCAGGCUCAAUUCUAUUAGUGCACAGGUAAUAGGGACCUCAUCCUUUAGAAGGGCCUUGAUUUUCUCUAUUUUUCACUCUCAGUUUACCCACUUAUUGUAUAGGAGUGAAAGCUGCUCUCUUUUACCUGCCUACAUCCAAAAGGCUACUGAAAUGUACUACUUACAAAUUGGUCAAGUCAGACCCCAAGGCAGUAGGCCAUAGAGUACCUUCCAGAGGGCUUCACAGACAACAUGGGCUCGUCAGAUAAGUGACAGUCCUUGUAUGGAGUUAAUCUAGAAGCCAAGAAGAGUCCUCUGAAGCUCACCCAAUGAAGGAUAAGGAGGUAACAGAAUUAGUAUACAUAUUCAUAUCAAAAAAUAUUAUUUAUUUUUUUUUAAAUUUUUUUUUAACGUUUAUUUAUUUUUGAGACAGAGAGAGACAGAGCAUGAACGGGGGAGGGUCACAGAGAGAAGGAGACACAGAAUCUGAAACAGGCUCCAGGCUCUGAGCUGUCAGCACAGAGCCCGACGCGGGGCUCGAACCCACGGACCGUGAGAUCAUGACCUGAGCCGAAGUCGGACGCUUAACCGACUGAGCCACCCAGGCGCCCCCCAAAAAUAUUAUUAAAUAAUAUGCUGAAGACUUCUCUCACCAUUGAUUUCCCCUACUAUCCUAAAAGGUGAAGGAAAGCGAAAUAAUAUGUUUUUUCUUUUACUAGGCAAAAAUUCAAGUCUUUAGCCUGACAUUACUUAACCUGACACUUGGAACUCUUACAGAUUUGGGGUAUAAAAUCUGCCAGAUGACUCCUUUGGAGACCACUGGAGCUUCAGACUGCUUGCACCAAACACUGCUCCCUACUGGCUCAAAGUCUCGUUGCUUCAGGAAAAUGGUUUUGCUGAUCAAUGCAGAAGGAAGCUUCGUCUUCCUCCCCUUCCUGGGAAUAUCUUUUUGUCAGUUAACGAGGGACUCUUGCUGAGGGAAUUUAGAUAGUUCCCAUCUAAAGCAUGUUUAGAGUUUAGGGGCUGGAGUCGGGGGGACUGUGGGUAUGCAUCCAGCUGUCCCUUGAGAGUCACGGUCAGCCGCCAAGGAUGCAUCUUUAGAGACUUGAGUGGUGUCAAAACUCUGAAUGUGCAUCAGUGCCUGUCAAAGGACAGAUUGAGCGCCAUCAUAUUCUCCCUGCCCGCCCCUAUCGCCCAGAUGAGGUCUCGGGUGGAAGCUAGCCUGCCAAGGAUACCACUUGUACACGCUUCAAUACACUUUCCUUAGGCAAAUAAGGACUUGUGUAACCUUUUUUCAGAAUACAGAUUACGAAACUCUGGAGCCUUUCGGUCAUACGGUCACGAACGAUUUCUAGCUUCUCAACCUCUUUUUUCUGAAAUGAGGGCAUCUGAGCUCGGUUGCUUAUCUCAGGUCUGGACUUACCCACACAGUUUAAAGUGCAAGAGAUCUCCCUCCCUCCCUGCGUGUAGCCCAGAAUAGGCCUUCACAGCCACGUCAUCCUGGACACUUUAUCACUUGAUAUUACCUCCUAAUCCACAGAUCAGUGAGAUUUCAGACAGAAUCUGUCUGGCUCUCAAACAGAAACAGCAUGACUUCAGAACAUUUAGAAUGAAUUAAGCAGACCAAUUUGUUAUUUUUCAGAAACACAAAGGUGGCUCUAAGUGGGACCUCAGCCAGAGUAUGGUCUUAGAAAAUAAGGUUGCAGUUCACCCUUUAUUGAAUGUUAUUUUAUGUGGCAUCGUACUAAGCGUUCUUCCAAGGGUUAUUUAGACAUGAGCUCUGAUCACUCAAAAAGUUACAAUCAAAGCCACAUCAGCAUAAACGUUUAUUAAAAACUUUUGCUAUGGGGGUACCUGGGUGGCUCAGUCCGUUCGUUAGGCAUCCAACUUCGGCUCGGGUCAUGAUCUCAUGGUUCAGUUUGUGGGGUCAUGCCCCACGUAGGGCUCUGUGCUCAUGGCUCAGCGCCUGGAACCUGCUUCGGAUUCUGUGUCUUCUUCUCUCUCUGCCCCUCUCCCGCUCACACUCUGUCUCUCUCUGUCUCUCAGAAAUAAAUAAAUGUCAAAAAAAAAAAAACCUUUUGCUAUAUACCAGGUGCUGAGCUAUAUACCAGAAACACAAUAGCAAUCAUGUGACAACCACCCUCCGCGUUCAUCUUGGAAUUUGGAGCUAGAGACAACAUAGUCUAUGGAUAGUGCCAACACCAGAACAUCGAGUUCUUUCCUCUAGCUAACGGACUUAUACUGCCGAGCACAGUGCCUGACAUACAGUCAAGUACUCAAUAAAUAUUCCUUGGCUAAAAUGAGCUAAUGAAAAGAAUGAAUGGAUGUUAAAGUGAAGUAAGUAUAGACUGCUAUGGAAAACACAUCGGAGGAGAAACCAGACUCGUGGGAGGGGAUGAACUGUGUGGAAAGUGUCAUUUACACGGAGACAAGAGUCAACACAAUGAUCUAAAGGAAAGACCGGGCUCAUGGAGUUCGACCUGGUUCGGAUCCUAGCGCUGCGCUCAGAGCUGGGCAUUUCCAACUAUCCCAAACCUUUGAAAACACUGAUGAUGGCUUUGGAAGACAAAAUGAGAUAUUAUUUGCCUGUUAAGUGUCUGUCACAUCGAAGAACUCAAGAGCAGCUAGUAAAGGAGUAACAGAGAACAGAACUGCAACGUUAAAGCAAUAAAGACCUGAGGAGUAAGGUUAAGAGCACAAACACUUUGAGGGAUGGAUGGCAAUGACGAGCUUAAUUUAAAGUCACGGUGGCAGCGGGGAGAGGUGCUCCCGAAGUUCUUAGCUUCUAAGCCCAGACAAGGCUGGGGGGAGGGUAGGUGUCUUACGGGAUUUAUCUUCCUCUUCCGAUCCGUCUGAAGGCUUUCGAAUUCAGCUUUUAGCUGCAAAACCACGUGGGCCCUGCCCGUCACUGUUUACGGUAUGGUAAAUGCCCUUUUCAGAUCAUCAGAUCCUCUUAAAAUAUUGUGACGUGUCGAAGCUCGAGACAGACCAUAUAUGUGUAUAUGUUUAUAUACAGAGACAUAGAAAUACACACAUAAAAAUAUAACCUUUUUCUCUAGAAGGCCUUGCAAUAAUUAGCUUCUGUUGCUUUUAUCUUAAAUACCCACAAAUAUACCAGACCCCUUUCCUUCUGUGCUUCCUUCCCUACAUGUCCAUCAGGCCCUUUCCCACUGCAUUCAUAUAGUUAGAUCAGCGCGCGCGCACACACGCGCACACACACACACACACACACACACACACACACAAACACACACACACCUGUUAUCUACCAGCUUCAGCUUUUUUUAGGUGAGCCUUUGGGAAGUGCCCUGAUCUGAACUGGAUUGUCAAAUAUGUUAAUAUGGGGGCGGGGACGGGGGAGGGGGAGGAGAAGAUGCUGGCAGCUGACUUUGGGUUUGGGUUUUCGGUCCAUAACAGGAGAUACAACUAUAUUUUGACAUGCCCCUCCCCCCCCCCCC